CGCCCCUCGAGGCGCCUGACUCUGAACCGCAGCCCCUUCUCACUCCCAGUCCUUCAGAUCUCCAUUUUCUACUUUCCCAUACCCAGCAGCAGAAGACAAAAGAUUUGCAAAAAUGAAUGAAGAAUACGACGUUAUCGUCCUGGGCACCGGCCUUACGGAAUGCAUUUUAUCAGGUAUCAUGUCAGUGAAGGGGAAAAAGGUUCUGCACAUGGACCGUAACUCGUACUAUGGAGCUGAGAGUGCUUCCAUCACGCCUCUUGAAGAGCUCUACAAGCGUUUCAGCCUUCCUGGCAACCCUCCCGAUUCAAUGGGAAAAGGCCGGGAUUGGAACGUGGACCUCAUCCCUAAGUUUCUCAUGGCUAAUGGUCAACUGGUCCGCAUGCUGCUGAUCACACAGGUGACUCGCUACCUGGAUUUCAAAGUGAUUGAAGGGAGUUAUGUAUACAAGGGAGGGAAAAUCUAUAAAGUCCCCUCCACUGAGACCGAAGCUCUGGCAUCCAGCUUGAUGGGGUUAUUUGAGAAGCGGCGCUUCAGGAAGUUCUUGAUCUUCAUUGCCAACUUUGAUGAGAACGACCCCAAGACCAUGGAAGGAGUUGAUCCCAACAAAACAACAAUGAGGGCCAUUUUCCAGAAGUUUAGCCUGGGCCAGGAAGUUAUUGACUUCACUGGCCACUCCCUGGCACUCUACCGCACAGAUGAUUACCUGGAUCAACCUUGCAUCCAAACGAUAAACAGAAUAAAGCUGUACAGCGAGUCUCUAGCCAGAUACGGCAAGAGUCCAUAUCUCUAUCCACUGUAUGGCCUGGGAGAACUGCCACAAGGCUUUGCAAGACUGAGUGCUAUCUAUGGUGGGACGUACAUGUUAAACAAGCCCAUAGAUGAGAUUGUGAUGGAGAACGGGAAGGUGGUGGGAGUCAAGUCGGAGGGAGAGAUUGCAAGGUGCAAGCAGCUGAUCUGCGACCCCAGCUACGUUAUGGACCGUGUCAACAAACGGGGUCAGGUGAUCAGAGUCAUCUGCGUCUUGAGUCAUCCCAUCGCCAACACCGGUGACAUCAACUCCUGCCAGAUCAUCAUCCCCCAGAACCAGGUCAACAGGAAGCAUGACAUCUACGUUUGUAUGAUCUCUUUUGCUCACAACGUGGCAGCACAGGGUAAAUAUAUCGCAAUUGCCAGCACCACAGUGGAGACAGGUGACCCAGAGAAAGAGAUCAAGCCGGCCCUGGACCUACUGGAGCCCAUCGAGCAGAAGUUUGUCAGCAUUAGCGACCAAUAUAUACCGACUGACAUGGGCACUGACAGCCAGGUCUUUAUCUCCCGUUCGUACGAUGCCACAACCCACUUUGAGACCACCUGCGACGACAUCAAGGACAUCUACCAGAGGAUGACUGGCUCAGAAUUUGACUUUGCUGAGAUGGAGCGCAAGAAGCAGGACAUCUUUGGUGAUGGUGCAGAGUAGAGGCGACGCAUCUGCAUCACUUCUCAUCAUCAAAGACAACAGAAAUCCUACAAAAAACGAAAGAAAAUUGAAAAUCUAUAAAAAUAUAUGUACACACCUGUGGGCUAAACAAAUAUUCAAGUAUAGGGUUUGCCCUUUGAGAAAGUUCCUGAUACAUAGAGAGAUGAUAUAGUAUUGUUGGAUAGGGUUCAGGGAGGGAGCAAUGCUUUUUCAGAUCAUAUUCAGGUGGAUGUUGCACUAAACACGGGCUAUGCUUAGUGAGACAGUAAUACCUUACAUUCUUGUGAGUCAUCAUAUUAAGAUGAUGCUUAGUCCAAAGAUGCCAAAUUAAAUAAUUCAUAAUCAGAAGUAUCCUACAGGAAGUAUCUUUGGGGAGGUGGGAAUGGGUUCUCCAAUUUUUCUGUCAUUGUCUAAGGUUCUGCAAGCUGUAAAAUAUAUAACAAAUACAAUAUUUUCUUUUUGUUUUGUUUUUUUUUUUUUUUCCAUGUCGGGUCGAGAGAGAAGUAGCUUGGCUUUGUCCUUUUGUAUUAAAUCAUGUGAAUAACUGGGUGUUUCUCCAGGUAAUUAAAGAAAAUACAAGCCUGGUAACAGCAGAUGGCUCUGCAAGUUAGCAUCUCAGCCAAUGCAUCAUAUGGUCAGAUUUUGUGAAAUAAAGUGGUUUAGUGUGUGGGCUUGA